AACGAUUGCAGGCAAAACUCCUUUGCCGAGUUCUUCGGAAAUGGGAGAGUACAAAUAGGAAGACGCAGAGAAUUUCGUCUGAAGAUUCGCCGGAAUUUAAUCGGAGAGAACGAAAUGGAGAAGGCGAUGGCGUUGGCUCAGCAGCAACAACGACAACAAAUGCAAAAACAGGUGUUGCUACAACAACAACAGCAGCAACAUCAUCAUCAUCAACAACAGUUCCUUCUAUUGCAACAAAUCCAACAACAGCAGCAGGCCAUUUCUCGCUUUCCUUCUAACAUCGAUUCCCAUCUCCGGUCACCGUUGCAUCCGAUAAAAAAUCAGCAACAUCCACAAAACCCUAACCCUAAUCACCUACAAAACCCUAACGCUUCAGUUUUACAACCCAAUCGGUCACAAGGUCUUCCUCAUACAUCUCCUGCGCACCAGUCUGAAUUGCAGAUGGCAUAUCAGGACGCUUGGCGUGUCUGUCAUCCCGAUUUCAAACGCCCUUUCUCUUCCUUAGAAGACGCUUGUGAAAGGCUGCUACCUUACCAUGUGGUUGCAGACUAUGAAGCCGAGGAAGAUGACAGAAUCCUUGAUUCUGAUUCCACAGGCCAAGCAUUAUCUCGGUCACAGCAAUGGGAUCAAAACAUUGCUAACAAAGUAUCUGAAUUCACUGCAACCUUUGAGAAACAAGUUUUAGCCUUCAAUAUCAUCUCCCGAAAACGAGCCAUGGGGGAAUUCAGAUCAGAAGAAAGAUUAUUGGUUGAACAGAUGCUCCUUCAGGAAGAACGUCGAGCAUUGUUUGAAGCAAGGGCAGAAAUGGAAACACGAGGGCGAGAAGCUCAUGCGGCUAGUCUGCGCAUGGCGGUUAUUGCCCAAGCAGAACAGGCUCGAGCUGAGAUGAUGGCUAGGGCUCCAAUUAGGGCUAAUGCAUUGGGAAUGGGGGCUCAUGAAAUGGAUCAAGAAGUUAAUCAUGAUGAGAUGAUGAAUGGAUGGGGGGAGAAUAUACAGCGAGAUGAAAGAGAACCUUCUGAGGAUUUUUUGAACGAUGAAGAACGAGAGAAUGGAGAUAUUGGUAUGCAGAGUGAUUGGCGUGAAGGGGGUGAAUUUGAUUUGAACAUAAGAGAUGAAGAUAUCGAUCGAAUGGACAGAUGUGUAGAAGUGAAAAUCCAUGACAAAGAUAUUUGA